AUGGAGACCACCACCACCACCCUCGCCGAAUACCUCUUCAAGCGCCUGCACCAGCUCGGUGUCGAUUCCAUCUUUGGACUCCCCGGCGAUUACAAUCUCCAGCUGCUCGAUUAUGUCGCCCCCUCGCGUUUGCACUGGAUCGGGAGCUGCAACGAGCUGAAUGCGGGGUACGCCGCCGACGGCUACUCCAGAGUCAAGGGAAUCGGAGCCCUCGUUACGACCUUCGGAGUCGGUGAACUCUCCGCCGUCAACGCCAUCGCCGGAGCCUACGCCGAACGAGCCCCCGUUGUCCACAUUGUCGGCACUCCCGUCCGCCAGUCCCAGGAGUCGCGCGCCCUCAUCCACCACACCUUCAACGAUGGCGAAUACGAGCGCUUCGAUCGGAUGCAGGAACACAUCACCGUCGCCCAAGCCAUCCUGACCGACCAUCGCUCCGCCCCCGCCGAGAUCGAUCGCGUCCUGCAGCAAUGCCUCCUCCACAGCCGGCCGGUCCGGAUCGCCAUUCCCCUGGACAUGGUGUCGCUGCGCGUUCCAAAGCUGGCUCUUCACCACAGACUUGCCCUUCCUCUCCCGUGCCGACAGCCGCAUGCCGAGGAUAAGGCGAUGAAGGCUAUUCUCGAUCGGAUGUACAGCGCGAAGAAACCGGUGAUAAUCGUGGAUGGAGAAGUGCGGUCGGCGAAGAUCGUGGACGAAGUCGAUCACAUCGUCAAGUCAACCAGGUGGCCGACGCUUACAUCGGGCUUCGGCAAAAGCUUGAUCGAUGAGAAUCUGCCGAACGCCUACGGAGUCUUCACCCCGGAGCACAAGGAGUUUGUGGAUUCGAGCGAUCUGGUACUGUGCUUCGGCCCUCAUUUCUCCAACACCAACUCCUUCCUCUACCAGACGCUCCCUCGCGAAGAUAAUACCAUCUACAUCCAUCCUACGUCGGUCCAAAUCGGCAGCGAAAUCAUCCGCGACCUCCCGGCAAACUACUUCCUCCCCCAGCUAAUCGGCCACCUGGAGAUGGAAAAGCUCACGAGUUACGACCCCCAGCUCACCCAUCCCAAAUCCAUCGCACCCCCAGACGUCAAAGACACGGAUCUCGUCUCCCAAGCCGGCGGCUUCUGGCACCGAAUGUCCACCUUCUUCCGCGAAGGCGACAUCAUCCUCGCCGAAACCGGCACCGCAGCCUACGGCGCCAACCAGUUCCGCCUCCCCCCGAAAACCAGCCUCUUCAAAGCCGUCACCUGGCUCUCAAUCGGCUACAUGCUCCCCGCAACCCUCGGCGCCAGUCAAGCGCAGCACGACCUGAUCGCCCGCUCCGAGUACCACGAUCUCCUCGAAGCGCGCUCAAUCCUCUUCAUCGGCGACGGCAGCUUCCAGCUAACAGCGCAGGAGCUGGCAACAAUCAUCCACCGCAAGCUCAACGUGAUCAUCUUCCUCAUCAACAACGACGGAUAUACCAUCGAGCGCGCGAUUCACGGUCGGAACCAGCGUUACAACGAUAUCACGUCGUGGCGGUACCUCAAGGGGCCGGAGUUCUUUGGCGCCCCGACGGAGGGAGAGUAUGCGGCGCAUACGUGGGAGGUCCGGACGUGGGGCGAUCUUGAUAAGGCGCUUACGGAUGAGCGCAUGGUCAAGGGGAAGGGCGUGCGCAUGGUGGAGGUUUUCAUGGAGAGGCUGGAUGUUCCGCCGCCGCUGGAUCGCACUUUGGCGAUGCAGCUUGCGCGGGAGAAGGAGGGGCAGUAG